AUGGAGGGCCGCACGCUAGCCGUGUUCCGGCCGGAAGGCUCCAAGGCCGUGGUGACUUUUGACCGAGUGAAGGCAUUCUACAUCUUGGGUUUGGUGGGCUUCCACCAGCAGCUGCUGAAUGCCCCGAGCCAUCGCGUGCAGUUGUCCCACUACGUGCCGUACCAGACUGUGGACCAUGGUGUGGAACUGAUGAUGGGAAUGAUGCUCAUCUCUGGCUGGCUGUCCUCGGCCACAUGGAAGGACGCCAGCUGGGGCGACCACAUGCGCAAGAAGGUGGCGCGCCUCAUCCCGCCCUACAUCGUGGCGGUGUUCUUCACAGCCCUGCCACUGGCCUUGCAAUGCACGAGCUGGCGGUGCGUAGUGCAGUAUGGCCUCGAGAUUCUAACCAUCGGUGGCUGGAACCCGCUUCUCUCGUGGUGGACCAUGAACCGCCCACUCUGGUUCCUGUCGACGCUGCUGACGUACCACUACGUGUCCCCGUUCUUCUUGAGAUGGAUGCGGAGGAGGAGUGUUCGACAGCUUCUCGUCCUGCUGGCCUCGUUGUACGUACUGCGCACGGCGAUUGCCUGCCUGGUGUUGCUGGCUUUGGAGGCGUGGACCGGAGACCUCCAGGCUUACGGGCGCAUCAUUCACCUGUGGAGCCCUACGCAGAUUUGGGUCCCCUUCAUGGGGGCACUUUUGGAGCAGAUCACCACGCGGACCACGCUGCCCGCCUGGCUUCGAAAGUGGCAGGUCUGGCUGCUGAGUGACUUCUUGAUCAUUGUCCUGCUUGGCUGCUCCCACUUUCUGCCGGCGACGGGGCUGCCCAUGGUCGAUGCGCUCAUCGCUUACAACAACCUCGUCACAGGACCCCUGCAGUUGGCCUUGGUGGUACUGGUGAGCUGCGACUGCAACUCCUUCAGGCUGCUCUUCAGCCUCACAGAGGGCAGCCGCAAGCUGGCGGCCUCCAUGCUGAAGCUCUCCUACACGAUCUACCUGACCCACUGGCCCUGGGCCAUCUGCAUGCACCUGGCUGGCCUUUUCAGCCUGGACUCCUGGAACUCCAUGCUGGCCACUUGGGGCACCUCCGUCCUCUUCGCCAUCUUCCUGGAUUUCGUCGUGGUGGAUCCCUUCACUGCGGCCUUCUGCGGCUGGAUCACUCCACCCAAGCCCCAGGGAAGUGCCAAGGAGAAGCCACAGAGCCAGGACGCCCAGAGCAAGACUGCCACGAAGGCCGCAGAGGACGACCUCGAGAGGGGCUCCGAAGAACCGGCUGCUGCGCCCAAGUCGGCUGCGCCUUCGGAGCGGAGUUCGCGGACCUCACGGAGCUCCCGGAGGGCCGAGACUUUGCCCUUCACAGCCUUCCGCUUCUCCCAGGCUACCUAUGCCUCUUACCUGCCUCAGAUCCUUGGGCAGACCGUGUACAGGCACCUGCAUGCCUGGGCCACGGUCGAGGCUUGGACCUUCCUGGAGCUGGGCCAGGAGACGCACAGGUCUCAGUGGUCAGGUGAGUGGUCCAGGCGGGCCCGGCCACAGCAGCAGGUGGAGGAGGAGACGGAGACGGAGGAGUUGGCGCAGAAGGAGCCAGCAAAGGACGAGGAGGAUGGGGAGGAGAGUUCUGACGACAGCCAGAAGGAGGAUGCAAAAGCUCCGUCGGAGGAAGACGCGGACGAGACCCUCCAGGACAAGGAGCAGCCGGAGGACGCGAAGGCGAAGGAGGCGAAGGAGGAGAAGGAGGACGAGUCGGAGCCCAAAGUGCAGGUGCGCGAGGAGGAGGAUGCAGAUCUGAAUCCACAGAGCCCUCAGGGUGUCGGCGGCCAAGAGGACUCCAAGGGCUCCAGCAAGGAGGACGACAAAGAGGACAGUGAAGCAGCGGGCGACAAGGAGGAGGACGAGGAGAAGAGUGCCCAAGACAUGAUGAAGCAGAGCGACAAAGAGUUGCUGAAGGAGCUCGUGGCGGCUGCCAAGUGGUCAUCGGCCCAAGCGGCCCGAGAGGAGGCAAAGGUGAACGUCACCCGAGCAAGUGCCGAGGAGGAGCCGAAGGCAUCGAAGCAGCGAAGGAAAGAUCGUGGGGACGAGCCUCCAAAGCAGGGGGACGAGGACUAUGUGCCGCCCCCGGACGAUGCACCCGAUCCGGAGAAGCUUGGAGUCAAUGUCUCCAAGGAGCUGGCGCGAGAGUCCGCGGACGAGGGCGAGGGCGAGGAUGCACGCAGCUCCGAGGAGAGUGCGUUGAAGAAGGUCCAGGAGGAGCUGCGUGAGGCGCGGCGAAGAGCAGCCGCGGCGGAGGCAGACUUGCAGACGGAGAAGGAGUGGCUGGCCAAAGCGCUGAACCAGAGCCAGGAAGGCCAUGUGCCCCGGGCUCGACGCAGUCACCGGCACCACGAUGAGGGCAAGACGGGCCAGACCCUCGCGGCUGAGGCGCGCGAGCUCGUGUCCAAGCCCUCUCAUCCCAGGCACCUCAAAGCCAGGGAACCUCAGGAGGACUCCGGGGAGGACGACGAGAACCAGGAGCCCAAGCAGGCAAGGCAAGAGAAGAGGGCCGCCAAGAAGGCCCAACAAGAGGACGAGGAGGAGGACUCCGGCAAUGAGGGCGACAGCUCCGGCGUUGCGGAGACGGACCGGGAUGCAAAGGAAGAUGAGGAGGAUCCCAGCUCCGAGGAUACCGGGGCCGACCUCAUAGAGACAGAGGAAAACGUGCCUCCGAAGCGGAAGUCCUCCCGGAAAGCUAGCGCGCGAGAGAAAGCCAGUCACCACCAGAAGCACAACAAGCACUCGAGUGCGAAGAAGCACAAAAAGGGCGGCUUCCACGUCUACGUCGAGGCCGAUGGUGCCCUCCUGGAGCAAGGAAGCCGCUCAGAGCACUGA